UGUAUGCCUUCACUGCUGAGUGAGCAAAGCACGCUUGGCUCUAUCAGCUGAGAGGAAACCGACAGAAAGAAAAUAUACACAGACUCAGAGAGCAGCGAGGCUCAAAGAGGAGGGGCCUGUCCAUAGGACAGAGCAAAAUGGGAGGAGAGGAAAGAGGGGAAUGCUAGCACAUGAAGUGGCUUUUGUAUCCAAGAUAUUUUGGAGGGGCGCGAAUGAGAGAAAGGAAGAAAACAGGGAGUGAAAAGGAGGGGGGUGGCUCCAGCCCAGAGAAAAGGAGACGACAGGGGGAGUCCUGAUGGGUCUUCUGAUUUGUGAAUGUGUGUGAGACGAAGAGAGGAGAGGUAGCAGCACGAAAACAACACUUAGAAAAGAGGAGGUGUAGCUACCAGGGCCAACCAAACCAGCUGCACAGAAGGAAUAACUUUGGCAAGAGCUGCGUGCUUACAAAGUGUCAUUCUCAACCCUGUUUAUGCAGGAGGAAGGAAGAGGAGGUUACAGCAACCUGAGCACAACCUGAUCCACCAAGGACACCAAGUCACCAAAGAAACCAACUACUAACUCACCGAGAAACAUCCACUUCACUCUUAAAAGGUGUUUCUGGGUGUAAUGCCCCUGUCAUGAUGUGGCAGUCAUGUGGAAGCACAGCUCCAGGUGAAGAGGAAGGGCGAGCCUGGUUGUCAGCCAUUAAAAUAGGAAUUCCCUUCAGACUUUGCUCCAACAAUAGCUCCGAGACAGAUCCUCUCUGGGGCCAUCACUGACACACUGCCUCAUUGUUUCUGUGUUCAUUUCUUCCACUCCGGCUUCCUCUGGAGCUGACUGGUUUCCCUGUUGCCUAUCUUGGGAUGUUGGUGUUGUUCCUUGCCUGUUGCUGUGGAGAUCAAUGGACUUUUUUAUUAGACCAUUUCAGAAACAAUCUCCAGAUGUUGUGUGAAGUUAGGCCAGGACAGGCGCAGAGGUGUGGUGUUCAACUUCCUUGUUCACAUCAGACUACAUCACCACAGAAACGGUAGAUCUCCAACUUCCUGUGGCUCAGUGCUCCGCCUCAGAGUGUUUUGGCUUUUUGCACAAAACCUAGUUUCCUGCAGAAAAAACAUGAGGCACAUCCAUGUGGAUCUGGCCCACAAAAAGGCCCCAUUAGAGCUUCCAGCCCACGAGGGGGAUCUGCCACCUCCCACAGCCCCCACUCAGGGCAUAGACCCUGGGCUCAGACCUGGGGCUCCCAGGCACUAUGGUCAGGAAGAGCUCCGACUCCAAAAGGUAUACCAGCUCUCCAUUUUCUCCCAGCUGGGGGGAUUUUCUACCUCCACAGAAGCCCACAGUGAUCCACAACUGAGGCCUGUCCGAAUGGGUGUCAAGAGGGGUCUGGAAGACCCCCAUUUGACUCACAAGCACCCCCACCUGGCUGACUGCACUGAUGCAGAGGGGCCUGAGGAUGCUCCUCUCUGUGGCCCUGUUCCUGGCUGGAGCUCUGUCUAUCCUUGCACUCAAAUGGAGCACAGAGACUCUGAAGGGGGGCGGUCUCCCAGGUCUCCCCCAAUGUCACCCAGCCAUAACCCCUCUCGCCGGGUCACGCAGCACCAUGACAGAGCUGAUAUUUUCACUCCUCUCUCACCCAAACCUCCCCCCAUGUGUGACCAAGGCCUUUCAUUUGGGACCUCCAGAACUGAGACUACGAACGGGGCUCGCACCCCUUCAGUGUCCCUCGGCAGCCCUGGGCACGAGAGCAGCAGUAAUGGUGGUGCUCAGCCUAGUCCAUAUCCAUAUGACAUGUCCACAUAUGAAAGUCCCAGUCCAGCCAGUCCCACCAGCCCCCCAGGCCCCUUCUCUCCCCCUCACCACACAGAGCUGCAGGAGCCAGGCGAGGCCACUGAGUGGGAUGUGGGACUGGAGUCAUCUCCACCUGAGCGCAGUGCCACGCAGACUGCCUCCUACUCCAAUGGCCUUCCCUCCUCAGAGAAGACCCCCAGCAAUGGUCACCGCUGGUCCAGUGGAGGCCAUCACCACCCUGUUAAAAAGAGGCUGCUGUCACCAGGUGACACUGCUGAGUCCUGUUCAGAAGACGAGGGACCCUCCACCUCCAAGAGGAGUAGGCUGUCUCUGCUCACUCAAGGCUUAGGCCUGGACUCCUGUCGUAGCACUGACUCUAAAGCUGCUCCCUACUGGAACCACCUGCUGCCGUCUGCACGGGACCGGCCCAAGGUAACUACAGAUUGCACUCGACAAGGAAGAAGGCUAAAGAAUGGAAUUAGACUGAAAAGCCGCCAGCUCCGCAGUGGCAGACACGCAGACUUUGGACGCUCCCCUCGCUCCAGUGGACUCAGUGCCUCUAUCAGCAAAUCAUUACUGGGCAACUUUGAGGAGUCCAUGUUAAAGGGGCGCUUCUCCCCUUCAGGCUCCAUCGAAGGCUUCACAGCGGAGAUCGGUGCCAGCGGCUCUUACUGUCCACAGCAUGUCACUCUGCCUGUCCAGGUCACUUAUUAUGACAUCUCUGAGCACAGCGCGCCCUCACCCUUCCUGGGGGUAGUAUCCCUGGAGCCUCUGGGAAAGAAAGGAUACAGCAUACCCAAAGCAGGGACCAUUCAAGUGACCUUAUUUAAUCCAAACAAAACUGUGGUGAAGAUGUUCUUGGUGACCUAUAACUUCAGUGACAUGCCGAUCAAUCACAUGACCUUCCUACGGCACCGGAUCUUCCUGAUGCCUGUGGAGGAGGGAGCUGAGGGCAAAGGAGAGGCAUCACCUGCAGGGGGCGCCGAUAGGAGGAAAAUACUUUGCUACCUAAUACAUCUCAGAUUCCAGAGCUCCAAAUCUGGGAAGAUCUACUUGCACAAUGAUAUCCGGCUGCUAUUCUCCCGAAAAUCCAUCGAGGUGGACACAGGGAUUCCUUAUGAGCUGAAAUCUUUCACCGAGGUGCCAAAAAACCCCAAAUACUCUCCCCGUGUUUGACCUCAGCUUGACCUUUGAACUCCCAGCAUCCGCUACAAGAGGAAUGAAUGGGCCGGACAGACGAACUAGAUUGGUUUGAUAAAGACGCUACAAAAUGCACACAGCAAGACACAAGAGCACAUAAAAAGUUUACCAUUGUGAAAGUCCCCUUGUAUUGCUUUUGCUCAAGACCAUCAAAAGAAUCUUCCAUUAAAAGAGUCCAAAAGGGGACCUUGCAACAAAAGAGUUCACCUGUAAAGAAAAGAAUAAAAGAAUGCAGAGAAGAGACUUGUGAAGCCUCUUGCACAGCACAUAUGAAACACAAAAGAUGGGACUGGUGACCCUUCCGUUCAGUGUUAACAUGCAUGCCUUGUGACUUUAAACACCUGGAUUUCCUCUAGUGCCGUACCAUGCUGUCCUUCAGUCUGCCUCCACAUCCAAACACACACAUACAGAGAUACAGAUAAACUAAAGCUACACAAUAUAGAUACAAAAGUCUCGUUGGGAAUGUUGUAACAGUGAGAUUAGUCACAUUUAUAAUACUUUUUUUAGCAAUUUUUCUGGGACUAAGUUGUAUAAACAAUGCUAAAUUGGUCUUUUUAACCAUGUUUUAUUUAUUAUUUAAGUUGUGACACAUUUUUAUUGCGAGCCUGAUUACGUUUGGAUUUAUAUUGAGGACCAUGGCCAAUUUGCAACAUACUGUAUUAUUUAGCUCUAAGAUCAAUAUUUAGUGGGUUGGAGUCUUAUAAAAGUGUAAAAACUGCAGAUAACACUAGCAAAGCCAGAUAAUGUUGACAACACUGCAUCAAUAUAAUUGGACCAAUUGGCUGACCACUGUGAUAGUUCCCAAAGCCAUGUAAUAUUGAAGUCAGACUGAGGGACAGUGUGUUUGUUUUACUUUUAAGUUCUUUAGCCUCUGAUCAGAAUAGCAGUAUGAUGUUGGAGCAGAAAACAAAAAACAAAAUGUAGUAUUUUUAAUUUAUGUUUUUUCGCAAAUGUCUUAACAAUAAGCAAUAUGCUGCACAAACUAGAGUGUGUUCUUCUGCAGACGAGCUUCUCUCUGGAGGUCCACAGGCCAAGGAAGCGAAGACUUAAGAGUGAAGUUAUGAUGGGAGGGGAAGGAGGGGGGUAUUUAAAAUGGGAUAUGUAUAUUUAAAAGAAUAAACUCUGCGCCUGGCGGGUACAACCUGUUUGUUGUUGUCAUUUACAUUAAAUCAAGUUCAUACUGUAGCUUUUGGCACGUCGGUUAGAACUGUCAUGAAUGAUUUCCACUCUUCUCACAUAGGAUAGGAACCUUUACAGUCCUAAACUUCCCAUCACUUCCUGGCCUGGUAAAACUGCAGCCAGGUAAAAACAGAGGAACUUUUCGUUAAUGUUUGCAUAGCCGCCCAAAGCCAACAGAGUGUGUGAAUGCCAAGUGUGGCACUGCUGUAAGAAGAAGUUGUGCUCUGUGAAUGUAUGGCUAAAAAAACAGUGAGCCAUAUAUACUCUAUGCCCACAACUGUUUAUCCAGGAGCAAGAUAAUGAAUUGAUAUUGACUACAGUGUAGUUGUGUUUUUUCAUUCCAAAACUGCUGUGUGAGUAGUGUCCUUAAGCCUUCUCUGUGGGAUACAUGGGUGUGACUAACUCACAGAACAGAUGGACUUGAUAAAGUAGUAGCUUGUCAAGAAUCUCACUUUCAAAAAUCACUAAAGAGUUAUUUACCAUAAUGAACAACAACAUUCAUUCAGUCUACAUGCCUAUAUUUGCCAACAUUUUGGUUCUAGUUGGUGCCCUGGCUUUGCAGUUAGCUGUGUUUUGGGACCCCUGGUGUCUGACAUUAGUAUUACAUCUUCAAAUCUGAACCUGCAACUUUCUUUCAAGUAAAGAUUCAGGUUUAGGUAGUGCCUUAAUGAAUGAGCAAGGUUAAUGUUAUGCAUUGUAUUCAUAGCAUUGCGACUACUACUAUUACAA